CAGGCACGUACCGGUAUAACAAACGAUAGGUGACCCGGGGUUGGUAAUGUAGCUCGUAUAAAAACUUCUUGACCCCCCUCAGAGGUCCCCCCUCUGGCUGCCCGUCUGUCCGUCCAUUUACUAGUCUGUUCGUGCGAACCUUAGUUCCUCCGAACCUGCGCUGCCCGUCCCGCCGCCCACCGAACCGCAGCUGGGGAAAAACAUACGGUAGAGGACGAAACCAGCUAUGGUUGCUUCCGAGAAAGGUUUUUUUCCCCCCUUCCCCGUUCACUCACUCGCCCGCUCACGAGUACUCACCCAUUUCUCCCACCGUCAAGGCUCGAUCCCGAGCGCCGGCACGCCCGAAUAUGUGGUGUCACCAGCACGGUAUGUCAAUGGAAGGCUGCAGCCGCCGCCGGGCAUCGACGAGAAGGCGCUUUUGAGAAGGAUUGAUCUCAGAUUGUUACCAGUCUUGUGCCUUUUGUCAAUUUUGGCGUUUCUGGAUCGGUGAGUUUUACCUCACUCCACAUCACCCUACACCUUCCCCCUCCGCGGGGAGGGGGCAACACAGAAGGUGAGUGACGGACUGACGGGGUCAGCGUAAAUAUCGCGAAUGCAGUGAUAUUCGGACUCAAGGAGGAAUUGAACCUCAAUGGAUUGGAGUAUAAUACCUGCUUGACUAUAUUUUUUGCCCCCUAUAUUUGUCAGUUCCGCUGCCUAUCCUCCUCAUUUUCAGGGAGCUAACGUGAGGCAGUAUUUGAAAUCCCGUCGAAUAUAUUACUGAGGAAAUUGGGACCUCAUGUUUGGCGUAAGUUUAUCAUUGGCACCCCUCUGGAUUGCUUACUGUACUUGUACUUACUUUCUGGUUCUCGGUCUCUUUUUUUCCCCUCCUGCUUCGUGGCUUGUGUUCGGGGCACUUACUGACGAGUGUUUGCUUUUUUUCCGGGGGUUGAACUAAAGUUCCGAUAUGUAUGUUCAUGUUCGGACUCGUUACUUUUCUGCAAGGAUUCGUAAAGAACUAUGGUGGGAUUCUGACGACAAGGUUUCUCUUGGGUGUUUUUGAAUCCGGUAGGGUUUCUUUCUCCUUCCGCUUGCUUGAUCAAUCCGCUAUUGGGGAUAUGUUUGUGCUGAUUUGUUGAGGGAAGGGAUGUUCCCGGGAUCUUUCUACAUGAUUGCUAUGUGGUACAAGCGUGAAGAAGCGCAGACGCGGUGCACUUUCUUCUUCUCGUCCACUUCUCUUGCUGGUGCUUUUGGUGGGUUGCUAGCGAGUGCGAUUGGACUCUUGGACGGGAAAGCAGGGUAUAGGGGGUGGAGGUGGAUCUUUAUACUUGGUAGGCAUUUUAUAUUCACAACCUGACGCCCUGCGGGAAUUGGACAAUCCUGAUCGAGAUUUACAGAGGGUUUAUUGACCUGCAUCCUUUCAUUCCUCUUCUACUUUGUCAUUACCGAUUUCCCGGAGGAAGCCACCUUCCUAACGGAGGCUGAGCGGAGAUUCGUCAGGGACCGCCUGAGAGCGGAUGUCGGCGACCCGGUUCGGGAGACCAAGAUAACUCCAAAGGGCGUCCUCAGUGUCUUUAAAGAUUACAAAAUCUUCAUUGGAGGAUUUAUGUACUUUGGUCUCGUCGCACCAGCCUAUGGGUACGCAUACUUUGCACCUACCAUCAUCCAUCAAUUUGGGUACACCGGUCAGUUCACCCCCCCCCGCUUCCCCGUAGAACGGAAAAGGCUAGAAGAAUACUGACUCGGCGAUAGCGAUCCAAACCCAACUCCGCUCCGUUCCCCCCUGGGCCGCCGCCUUCGUGUUCGGAAUGACCGUGGCGGCGAUCUCCGACAGGGUAAGACACCGCUUCCUCUUCACGGUAAUCCCAAUCGGCAUCUCUCUCUCUGGCUUCAUGAUUCUUUUGACGGUCCACGACAACGUCAGCAUCCAGUACCCCGCUCUCUUCUUAGCGACAAUGGGAAUUUACAGUGCUAUGCCGGUCAUCGUCUGCUGGUUCAACACAAACCGUGCUUUCCCCGCCCCCCCUCUCCGCCCUAUCAGUAAGCUAACAGGAAGCGAAAAACAGUGGGAGGGCAUCAUAGAAGAGCCGUCGGCACAGCCUGGCAAAUCGGUUUCGGUAACAUCGGGGGUGUCAUAGCCACGUACUCGUUCCUUUCCAAGGACGCCCCAAGGUAUACGAAGGGGUACGCGAUCAGCAUAGCGUUCAUGUGCCUCUCAGCUCUGUUCUGCGCAGCGUAUUUCCUGGCAGUGAGCUGGGAGAAUAAGCAGAGGCAACAGGGUGUGGAUAAGUAUGCUGAUGCGACCGAGGAGGAGAAGAAGUUGCUUGGGGAUUUGAGUCCGGAUUAUAGAUAUUUCUUGUAGAGCUUUCUGUGUUUCCCCCUCCCUCUCUUCUUUCUUUUUGUUUACCAUUGCAGUUUUUUCAAGAGGGGUGCGUGCGCCUGUGUGGGGGAGAAGGGAAGAGAAGAGAAGAGAAGAGAAGGAAUGAUUUGGUGAUGCAGCUUCCUGUUUGUUCCUUAUGCGGCGCAGGACGAUAAUUAUUUACUCAUAAUACAUGUAUUUCUAUCCGGGCCAGCACCUCAUUGUAUAUACCAGCAGACAUAUGGAUAAUAAAAACGGGCCGGCAUGGCUCACUAUAAGUAAAAUUAAAGUACUCUAUCAAAGCGAUUAAAUAUAACCUCUGCGCGCAGCUGCGCAGGGCAGACAUCAACGCCUUCAAACAACCUAUCAUACAAGUUAAUACCCAAACAAUAAGAAUCCACGAUACCCAUCUGGCCUAGAGUAAGCUCAUCACCGCGUAAAAACUCUUCAUUUUUCCCAAAUUCUUUUUAUCUCUUUCAAUCCUCCUUCCUUCCCGUGCAAUGCAAACAUUCAGCCUAUGCAUGCCUCAACCCAGACCGUUUCCCGACGGGCCCCACGGACCAACCAAUCAACCACAAACCACCACAAAUGAACGAAACAACCCACCGAGUGAGAAUACAUGUCGUUGUAAAGUCCAACCAAGCCAUGCCAAACCGAGCUCCC